ACUAACAACAGCUGAUUUUCUUGUUGAUAGAACACCGGUUUUUAGUUUAUUAAUUUUUUAAAUAAAAGUAUAUACCGGCAGACAUAAUUUCUAAAAAUGAAAGAUUUAAAAUUAAAGGUCAUGUAUAACAAUGUGAUAUCACAAGCGAUCUCAGAGUCUGGCCGAUUUCUGUUUGCCGGUAACCGUUUUGGUGAUAUAUUUGUUCAAGAUCUCCAGGAUUUCGAAAAAACUGAUGCUCCUCGAUCGAAGCUACGCAUUUUUCCACAAUCUGGACAAACAGAAAUCAACAGCCUCUGCUGUCAUCGUGAUUUCCUAAUCGUCGGCGCCAUUGGCGUUAUUUACGGUCUAAGCUGGAACGAAGAAAAACGUGAUUUGAGCACUGUACGCAAAUGGGAAGUUAAAAUUCCUCUCGACGUUGAUGCUGUUGAGGUACCCGAUGUGAAUUUUCUGUGGCUACGCGCCGAGACGGAUACUCUAUAUGCAGGUUGCGGCAAUAAUAUUAUUUACCAAAUCAAUUUGGAGAAUGGAAGCAUUGUACGCGACUACUGCGGGCACACUGAUUACAUACAUGGAGUAACAGGUAGCGACAAAGGCCGCCUCUUUUCAGCUUCUGAAGAUGGUUGUGUGCUCUUUUGGAGUGAACAACAAAAAGAAGCAAUUGGAAGAAUAGAACCAGCUCAAAACGCACAAUUAAUGCGACCUGAAUAUGGAAAAUGGAUAGGCGCAAUUGCUACUAAUGAGGACUGGUUGAUUUGCGGUGGCGGACCAAAGUUUUCCAUAUGGCAUUUGGGUACUAUGGAGUGUAUGCGGGACUUCGCUUUUCCAGGUAAAGUACAUGUCUGUGAUUUCGUGGAGGAAAACCUAUUUGUUGCCGGUGAGCAUAGCCAUGCACAGUUUUAUGCGAUGAAUGGUGAUAUACAGGCGAAUAUACCGCUAGAACAUACCGCAGCAUACUCAGUAGUGUGGCAAUUGGAGCCAAUCAAAUUUAUGUCCAUCGCAGGUUACAGUAACAAGUUGCAUAUUUUGAAUGAUUUUCGCUUCUUAGACACAAAAGUGGAGUUAUACGGAAACACUGAGUAAUAAAAAUGCGGUUGUACAAAAUAAAAA